CACGUCGUCUAAACGCGAAGACUGGUUACUUACUCAUACCAUUGUUUGCAUCGUUCGCAUUCAUGUUCAAAGAUUCAAUCGUACAGCACAUCAUGCUUUCUCCCCUUCUCUUUGCUAUCUCUUUCUGUCUUCUCGCUGUUGCAAGCGGUUACAAGUUCCUGGUCCGGAGACGAUGGAGGCAAAUAUCUUCGCAACCACUACCGCCAGUUGAAAAGGACCCAUAUCUCAGCAUCGAAACCCUCCCCAACUUUGACUGGAAAACGACCCCGCCAAUCCGCAACUCACCUCUCAAGCCUAAAUACCACCUCACCAUGGCCGUGGAGAAGAUCACACUGUCGGAAAUACUAGAUAUGGACAACACCUACGCCGAAAGAAUGCAAAUCCGUCGUCAGAUCAUGGACGAAAACACAGACGCCACCAUUCGUUGCAACAAAGUCUGCGAGCCAGCGGUCCUCGAACUCCACGACUGGAUCUUCGGCACCUACCUCCCUCAACGCUAUCCAACCAUGUACGAACUCCAAAACACAACCUCCCCCUCCGGUCCUCACCUCCUCAACAAAGUCACCAACGAACUCAUCCCUCUCCACCAACCCUCUCCCCUCCAAGCCCUCCACACCCUCGGCGCACACGUCGACACCGAUCUCCUCCUCUUACUCCCCUCCAGCACCGCCCCCGAUGGAAGCCCCCUCUACCACCUCGAAGCUUUCGUAUGUUGUUUCCCCUCAGGCUUCAGUCUACGAAAGAAACUCGGUCUCCCACUCUCCGCUAUUCAUAUGCCUGUCCCGGGUUACAAAACCAAACUAGAAAAAUCUAUGGAUCGUUUUUUCGCGCGGCUGGAGUGUGGGAGUGCGGUGAAAAGGGCGAAUUGGACUAUUACGACGAAUGAGCCGCUUUUUAGUGAGGGGGGGAAUCAUCUUUAUGCUACUACCGGGGGGAUGAAGGGGGAGGAGAAGGAGAAAGUUUCUUUGCAGGCUCGGAUCGAGGAGGAGAAGGCGAAAGUUGUGAUUGGGGAUUGUAGAUUGAGGAGUGAGAGGCAGACGCUUUUUCGGUUGCCGAGGAGUCGGGCUGUGGUUUUUGGGUUUAAGACUUUUCAGUAUUUGCUUGAGGAUGUUAAGAGGGAAGGGUAUGGGGAGAGGUUGGCUGAGGCGAUUGAGGGGUUGGGGUUGGGGAAUGUACCCGAGAUUCAGGUUUAUAAACGGGGGGUUGUUUGGGGGGAGAAGGUUUUGGAGUUUUUGAGGAGGUGAGAGGUGAGUGACUGGGAUGGGAAUAGAGGAGAGGGUAGGAAUUUAAUGUAUACCCAGGACAUGUCUACUAACGAGGAAUGAAGCAUGAGCUGAUGAAUUGCUCACUUCCAAUGG